AUGGAUUUCCUCCCCGAAUCCUUUAUCUCCCUAAUCAAACAACACCCAACUAUCCAACACGCAGAAUCCCUGAUCACUCUCAUCCAACAACACCCGAGAAUCCAACACCUCACCGAGACCCCCCUCACCUCCCACCUCGCCUCCCUCCACUCCACCUACCUCGAACCCUACAUCUCCCACCUCCGCUCUACCUACCUCGACCCCUACGUGAUCCAGCCCCUCGCAACCCUCCUCGCCUCCUCCAUGCCCGACCUCGUCUCCGUCUUCAUCCUAGCCAUCGUGCUCCUCAUCUCCCUCAAGAUCCUCGACUAUGCACGCCGCCUCGUCAUGUUCUGGGUCAACCUGUUCCUGCGCCUGCUCUGGUGGUCCUUCGUCCUCGGCGUCAUCUGGUACGUCUAUUCGUCUGGAUUCGAGAAAUCCGGUCGCGAUCUGGGCUGGGCGUAUGGCAUCAUUAAGGGCUUUGUCGAUGGCUUCGUCGGUGGGGUUGAGGACGGUCGCACCACCACCGCGACUUCUAUGGGCUGGAGUGGGUAUGCUACCGGCAUGAGAACUCAGCAGCAGAGGCUGGGGGUCUUUUGA